UCUGAAGCUACCAUUUGUGUAGUUCAUAAUGAGGGCGAAGCUGGUCUGGUAGUAGCCGAGGAUAUUUAAAUUGUCCGGAUCAAAAAAGGGCCCCUCGGUCAAAUCGUUAUUUUAUUUAUUUCUUUAUUUUAUAUCUAUAUUUGCAAACCUCGCGGUGUCAAGUUACCUUGCAUUAAAGCCCAGUCCAGGAAAUCGAGGCAAACACGAGGAGAAAAGAACCGCACAAAUAAAGAAAAAAAGAACAAUGAAAACAGAAGGCAUAGAAGGAACGGAGCGGUUCAUGAGCCCCGGCAAAGGGAGAGGACUGAGGGCUUUGAAACACUUCAAAGUUGGCGAUCUGCUGUUUUCCUGCCCGGCGUAUGCAUACGUGCUGACUGUCAACGAGAGGGGCAGCCACUGUGAAUUCUGCUUUACCAGGAGAGAGGGUCUUUCCAAGUGUGGGAAGUGUAAGCAGGCUUUCUAUUGCAAUGUGGACUGCCAGAGGGGGGAUUGGCCCAUGCAUAAGCUGGAGUGCUCCUCUAUGUGUGCCUUCGGUGAGAAUUGGAGCCCGUCAGAGACUGUAAGACUAGCCGCCAGGAUCAUCGUGAAACAGAAAACGCAGACAAAGAGGACCGAAUCUGAAAGAGUGUUGGCCUUGAGGGAGUUUGAAGCACACCUGGACAAACUGGACAAUGAGAAACAGGAGAUGAACCAGACAGACAUAGCUGCCCUACACCACUUCUACUCCAAGCAUCUGGACUUCCCUGAUGACGAUACGCUCAUCGAGCUCUUUGCCCAGGUCAACUGCAAUGGGUUCACCAUUGAAGAUGAGGAGCUUUCACAUUUGGGCUCUGCUGUGUUUCCCGAUGUCGCUCUGAUGAACCACAGCUGCAAUCCCAACGUCAUCGUCACCUACAAGGGUACUGUCGCCGAGGUGAGGGCUGUCCAGGAAAUCCACCAAGAGGAAGAGAUUUUCACAAGUUACAUUGACCUCCUCUAUCCAACAGAAGACAGAAAUGAAAGAUUGAAAGACUCAUACUUCUUCACUUGUGAAUGCAAGGAGUGCAUCACCAAAUCCAAAGAUAAAGCCAAAAUGGAAAUUCGAAAACUGAGCACACCCCCGAAGCCAGAGGAAAUCCGAGACAUGGUGAAAUACGCCAAGAAUAUCAUCGAGGAGUUCCGGAGAGCCAAGCACUACAAGAAUAUCCUUGUCUCACUCCCUAGUGAACUGCUGGAGAUUUGUGAGCUCAGUCUGGAUAAGAUGGGCUCCAUCUUUGAGGUGACAAAUGUAUAUAUGCUGCACAUGAUGUACCAAGCUAUGGGUGUCUGCCUCUACAUGCAGGACUGGGAUGGAGCCAUGAAUUAUGGAGAGAAAAUAAUCAAACCCUAUAGCACGCACUAUCCCGCCUAUUCUCUCAACGUAGCCUCAAUGUAUCUCAAGCUGGGCCGACUGUAUUUGGGACUUGAGAAGACAUCCUUGGGUGUGAAAGCGUUGAAGCAGGCACUAGCAAUCAUGGAGGUGGCACAUGGCAAGGAUCAUUAUUACCUAGCUGAGAUCAAGAAGGAGAUUGAGGACCAAAAGUGAGGGGCAAGGAAAGACUGUUACCGUUUCCCCCAGAAGCUUGAGUUGAAACAUGUAUACAACCCUACCGCAUUAACAUUUCUCCUAUUUUCCGUCUCUUUGGAAAGAUAGUAUCUGCUUCAGCUGCAGACCACAAAAGCAUUUACAACUUGGGGAUUUUUUUUUCACUUAAUGGAAGUGGUUACUUCUAAAAUAUUUUGCAUGGUUAUGUUAGCAUGUGUCUCCUACUUGGUUUUGAAUGCCUUAAAUGGUCUGUAUAUAUAAAAUAUUGUUCAGUCGUCUUCAAAAUUUAAGUAAAACCAAAUUAGGCAUGGGUUUUAAUGACCAAGUAUAGUUCUGUGUUCUGAUUCAAGGUAUCUGCAUACAAUAAAAAAAAAAAAAAAACAAUCUGGAGUUUUAACUGUGGGUUUACAUCUUUUGCAGACUUUACGGAAGCCUCUUACAGGCUGCAUUUUACAGUAUUUUUUAUGUGAAUUGAAAAAUGUUUUGUGUACAAAGCAGGAGCUUAUUACACGAUUAUUUUUUUCAUUUCAUUCUGGAAAACUCCAUUGUUAUAUGUCAAAGUAAUGUAACGGUUUCUUAUAAUGGUUGAUUUUUUUCUUCUUCAAUUAAUGUGGCUAACAAAUAAGUGUUAUUCUUUAGUGUAAUUUAAUUUAAUGCAUAAAUAGUUAAGCACCAUAUUUAAUGUCAUCUUCAGCCCCAUUCAUUCAACUUGUCUUAUCUACAGAAGGAGAAGGGUUAAGGAUUAUAGGUGCCUGUCAAUACUUUGUUGAUUUUAUAUUUGUUCUGUUUGUAUUGUAUUUGUGUGGUUUGGAGGGUAUAGGAAUGCUUCCUUGUGUUAUGAUUUUUCUUUUUGAAGUUUACUGACAGCAGUACGAUAAUAAAGUAUGAAUGACUCACAUUCUUUGUAUAUGACAAGUAACACAAUGUAGGAUGCAGGAUGUAAUGAAAUUACUAUUGGCAAUUUUAUGUCUACCCUAUAAUGUCAUAUAUUAUCACAGAAUCUUGCGUUCUUAUGCUUAAGUAUGGUCUCUGUAACACUUUGCCCCUUGAGAGGGACUUUUAUUGAAAAUUCUUUUACGGAAAUGACUAAGACCCAGAAAAAAACACUUGCAAGAGGAAUGCAUUUGCAUGAUUACAGUUUUUGUUGAAAUAUGGGCAAAUAUUCACAAGCCGGCAAAUAUGUUUUGGGAAUGUGUUCAAAUACUGUUAUACUGAAUUGAAAAUGCAUAUAUUUGGGUAUAAAAACAUAUUUUAAAUACAAAUUUAACAAGCAAGCAGAGCGAAAAAAGUAUUAAUACAGCUAUAUAUUUAUAAUAAGCUUGUGUUUAAGCUCAGUAAUACGAAAUAAAAAAGGCAGACUAUAGGGUUUGUAGAUGUUAAACAUUAAAUAAAACCUUCAUUGUAGAUGAAGUGAAAUAAUAAUGCUGAAUGUUUUCAGUCCUGAAGUAACAUGCAUAAACAUCCUCUCCUCCAGACUCCCUUUUGGCUCUUAUCCAAACCGAUUACACAACAUAUUCUCUGAAGGUCAGAUCAUAAUGUGAGAAUUUUAAUAAAAUCUAGUCCAUGGUGUUUCAGGUUCAAGCAUUUUUGUGUUUGGAACAUUCAGACUUAACAUUAACCUGCUGAAAUCUUUUAAAGAGGGGAAAAAAUAAAAGCAGAAAAACAAUGAAA